CUCUCUUGAGCUGUAGGAUUAGACGUGUGGCACGCGUUGGACUGAUCAGCAGUAACCGCAUCUUAUCGCGCCUCGAGUUACUACUGAGUCCGUCUUACUCUCUCGCCCUCACCGAUCACCCCUCAGGACUACAGUAUGACGGGCUUCGGCGAUGCUGGCGAUGCGAGUGCAAUUCCGUCUACCAGUGUUAUCCCGCAGCUUCACCGCAUCCUGAAAGACCUUACCGAUUCGCCAUAUCCCGUCUUGCUAUCACCCGAGUCCCAGAAGCGCGCUUCAGUCGCACUGGUUAUUCGAGUUCAGCCGUCAUAUGCGCAUUGGCCCGAGUCAGCUGCACCUCAGUCCCCAGCUCAGAAAGCAGACAGCAUCGACUCAUUCUUCAGUCACGAUUGGGUUCAGCAUGGUGAGCCAGAAGUGCUCUUCAUCAAGCGCGCUUCACGAAAAGGCGAUCGGUGGACUUCGCACAUCGCGCUCCCUGGCGGAAAGAGAGAUCCAGAGGAUGCAGAUGAUCAAGCGACUGCCGUUCGAGAGGCAUUGGAAGAAGUUGGUCUGGAUCUAGCCGAGUAUGCUAUCCCGUGCGGCAACCUUCCUCAGCGAAUGGUCACUACGCACUGGGGAAAGAAGCCUCUGAUGGUACUCUGCCCCUACGUCUUUCUCGUCACUACGCAUGGUCACCCCAAACUCAGACUGCAGCCCACCGAAGUCGCCGAGACCCAUUGGGUGCCACUACGCAGUCUGCUAGAUCCUGCAAACCGUACUGUCGCCUUCGAAGAUGUCUCGAGUCGCAUGGCAAAUGAAGAGACCGGAGUCAAGAAAUGGAUGCUCAGCGUCAUUCUGGGCAAGAUGUCAUUUGCCGCUAUCAGUCUCGAGCCGACAGAUUCACUGUACAGCAUCGAGACUCCAGUCGACUAUGCCCACGAAUCACUGACUAUGUGCGACAAAGUCUGCUCCACCGCGACCAAGAUCGCAAAAUCGGACGUCUUCAACCAGCUUCAAUUACCUCGCAAGUACUGCGCACUGCUGCUCUGGGGCCUCACUCUCGGCGUUGUCAGCGACUUCCUCGACCUCUUCCCGCCGCACAACGCCCUUACUCUCUGGACCUAUCCGACCUUCACACCGCUCGACGUCCGUUUCGCAAUCUGGCUGAUGACCUACAACUUCAAGGAGCGCAAGCGUAUUGAGCUGCAGUCCGGUACCGAGUUCAGCUUCCGUGGUAUGAGGCCAUCUUUCGGAGGCGCAUCAGAGAGCGGUAUCAUGAGAAAAGUGGUGCCUAUUUCCGACGUUUCCGAGUCGACUGUCUUCGUGGAGGGACCAGGGGAGAACGAGCGCGUUGAUGAGACUGGUCUGCAUGGGCUCGGCACUGGCAUGGGAGCAGGAAAGGUCGCAAGCAAGAAGUCUGCAGUUGCGACUAUGCUUGAAGGGUACUACGACAUCGUCCGUCGCGCUGUCGCUGUUUCGUUGGCUGGUCGUGCCGGUGUCGCUGUGGGUCUGGGAGUACUGCUGUACAAGAAGUAUUGGGAGAAUUAGAGCAGAUCUGGGCAAGGGGUUUCGGCGUUGGUUACUGGAGAUAUGCGCAUGAGGGGGUCGGGUCUUUGCGUGUGCGCCUACUGGCAUAGCGACGGAGAACUGCCUGCAUAUUAGAAGAGAAUGAUCCCACAAAUACGAAUGCAUAAAUUAUAC